UGGCCGGCUCGGACACAAAGUUUAUGUCCGCGUUCUUUGGCAGCUUCCCCCACACCCCCCGAAUACCCACCCACCGCUACUAGACUGUAGAUACUCUAAGAAAACCCUGUUUUACGGAGAAUUCCACAUUUUAACUUCAUUAUUUAUCAACGAUUAGACAAAGAUUAGCCCAAAUCCAGUGGAACAUUACCCUGUAAUAUCGGUUUGACCUCCCUUUUCUUCAUGUGAAACCUCUUCGUAGCACUACCGCACCAUUUGUUUUCUUUGCUCUGGUUUUUUAGAUAAAGUGCGCAUAGUUGAAUAUGCCAUUUGUCACGUGGGGAUAAAAGCUACAGUAUCAGUGAUGACUUGUUUCAUGCCGCUCCAUCAUGGCGGCGGAGUGAUGGAUUACCGGGCCGACUGUUAAACGUUGUACGGGCUGUCAGCGACGUCAGAAGAUAACACGAGUAUUUUGUGCUCUUUUUACAGUUUGUGAUUUGUGGUUUCCACCUGUCUUGUGUUAUGAGGAAAAGCAGGGGUUGUGCGAUUGCUUCUGUGCGCCGGGCAACUCUGCUGAGCCCUCUUAAGUCGACCCGGGACAUGAAAGCCGGAGCCACAUAUUGUUUGAAUUUUCACUUGUGGGUUUUUCUUUUUUUUUGAUUUACAGCUUCCAUGGUUUUUAUGGGAGGCUUCAAAUCAUGCAAUGUCGCUGUUAUGUCAGCAAUGGGUGUGGAGUCGCUCUUUGCCUGCAAUUAAGUUUGCGCCGCCAAAUGUUCUAAUUCUACUUAAUGCUAAAUCAAAUCUCAGGGCCUUCUUUAUGGGCUUGCAUAAGAUUGCCAAUUGAUUCUGUGUCUGAAUAAUUUCCUGCAACAGUAGUCAUUUUGGAAAGCAGCGAGAACUCCUAGUCUAGGCAGCAUCCCAAAGUACAUUUCAUGGACAAUUAUGUACCUGUAGAUGCAUGUAUUUCGAGAGGAAAAGGCCUAUUGAGAGGCCGAGAGAGUGGAAAACCAGUGCAGAGGCUCCCGCGAAAGCUCCCAGAAGCUUUAGAGUGGGAGGCCCCAGUCGAGGAGGUUGUUAAAGCGGAGAAAAAGCCCUCUCUGGCAGCCAAGGGAGAUGACUCUUAAAGGACACUCCCACAGGGCCCCAGGGGCAGGACCGGCUCCCUGACUUCCAGCGGGGCCGUUGCCGAGCGACAGAGGAAGGGAGUGAGUCACAUGACGGGGGCCGGGAUGGCGGCAGCAGGUCAGCCAUCCAAAACCGAAGACAGACGAGUCAGUGAGAGCUGGGCCGACUUUUGGAAAGAGGGAAUCUGAAAAGAUCGUAUCUGCCUAGAGAGCAGAUACAGGAAGAGCCCUCCUGUCGUCGUGGUGCGAGGAGCUGGGACGACUCCUCCUCCUCCGUCACCAGAAGAACAGGCAGAACGAGCCUCCGGGAAAAGUGCCCAUGCAGCCCCCCAUGAGCUCCAUGAAGCCCGGCCUCUCGCACGGAGAUGGGUCGUUUCCGUAUGACUCCGUUCCCUGGCAGCAAAACACCAAUCAGCCUCCAGGUUCAGUGUCUGUAGUGACCACUGUGUGGGGCGUGACCAACACCUCACAGAGCCAGGUGUUGGGGAAUCCCAUGGCCAACAACACCAAUCCCAUGAACCCUGGGGGAAACCCCUUAGGCUCAGGGAUGUCUGGUAACAAUCCAGGUAUGAACUCUCCUCAGUUCCCUGGCCCACAGCAGCAGUUCCCCAACAAAGGCAACUCCAACCAGGGCUACAUGCAGCAGGGAAUGUACGGGCGACACAACUACCACGGUGGAGGAGGCUUUGGUGGCAAUUACCCUGGAGGGCCAAACUCGGGACCUGGGGGAAUGGGCAUGCCUCCGCACUCCCGUCCUCCGUCAGACUUCACCCAGCCUGCUGCUGCCGCCGCCGCCGCUGCUGUCGCUGCUGCUGCCGCCACGGCGACUGCCACUGCCACGGCGACCGUAGCGGCCCUGCAGGAAACCCAGAACAAGGACAUGAACCAAUACGGACCGAUGAGUUCCUCUUUCCAGAUGGGACCAAACCAGGCGUACAACAGCCAGUUCAUGAACCAGUCGGGACCCCGCGGCCCUCCGUCGCUCCCUGGAAACAUGGGCACGGGCAUGAACGCAUCCAACAUGAGCGGGCCGCCGAUGGGAAUGAACCAACCCAGGGGACAAGGCAUGGGGCCUUUCGCGGCGCACGGCCAAAGGAUGCCACAGCAAGGCUACGCGGGGCCCCGGCCUCAGGGCAUGGGCAUGCAGGGCAUUAAAAGACCGUACCCAGGAGAGCCAAACUAUGGUGGGCAGCAGUAUGGACCAAACAGCCAGUUCCCUAACCAGCAGGGGCAGUACCCCACACCCAAUGCCUCCAGGCCGCUGCCGUCACCAAACUACCCCGGCCAGAGGAUGCCAGGACAGCAGCUGCAGGGCCAAUACCCGCCACCCAGUGGUGCCAUGGGCCAGUACUAUAAGCAAGAGCCACCUUUUAAUGGCCAAACAAAUAACUUCUCUGGGAGUGGAUAUCCGUACAACCAGGGGAAUAUGAAUGGGCCUCCCAGACCAGUGGGUAACUACCCUCACUCCCCAGUGCCAGGCAACCCCACCCCUCCGAUGACCCCAGGAAGUAAUAUCCCUCCGUACCUGUCGCCAAACCAGGACGUGAAGCCGCCCUUCCCGCCUGACAUCAAACCAAAUAUCACAGCUCUCCCUCCACCUCCAGCCAACCACAACGAGGAGCUGCGCCUGACCUUCCCAGUGCGGGAUGGUGUCGUCCUAGAGCCCUUCAGGCUAGAGCAUAACCUGGCUGUCAGCAACCACGUCUUCCACUUACGGCCCUCUGUACACCAGACACUCAUGUGGAGAUCGGACCUGGAGCUGCAGUUCAAGUGCUACCACCACGAAGACCGUCAGAUGAACACCAACUGGCCGGCGUCGGUGCAGGUCAGCGUGAACGCCACGCCGCUCACCAUCGAGCGGGGCGACAACAAGACCUCCCACAAACCCCUGCACUUGAAACACGUGUGCCAGCCCGGAAGGAACACGAUCCAGAUCACGGUCACUGCCUGCUGCUGUUCGCACUUGUUCGUACUGCAGCUGGUCCACAGGCCCUCGGUCCGCUCUGUUCUCCAGGGAUUACUGAAGAAGAGGCUCCUGCCUGCAGAGCACUGCAUCACCAAAGUUAAGAGGAACUUCAGCAGCGUAGCGGCGUCGUCUGGUAACGCCACGCUCAACGGGGAGGACGGCGUGGAGCAGACGGCCAUCAAGGUUUCCCUCAAAUGUCCGAUCACCUUCCGGCGAAUACAGCUUCCUGCGAGAGGCCACGACUGCAAACACGUUCAGUGUUUUGAUUUGGAAUCAUAUUUACAACUGAACUGUGAGCGGGGGACGUGGCGAUGUCCUGUAUGCAAUAAAACAGCAUUAUUAGAAGGACUCGAAGUGGACCAGUAUAUGUGGGGAAUCCUGAAUGCCAUUCAAAACUCGGAGUUUGAGGAGGUCACAAUUGACCCGACGUGUAGUUGGCGGCCGGUGGCCAUCAAGUCCGACAUCCACAUCAAGGAGGAUCCAGACGGACCGCUGGCCAAGAGGUUUAAGACGAUGAGUCCCAGCCAGAUGAUCAUGCCAAACGUGAUGGAGAUGAUAGCACAGCUCGGCCCGGGGCCGUCGCCGUACCCGUCGCUACCUUCUGGGCAGGGGGGCAACAGCAGCGAAUACGGCAGCCAAGGCAACAGCUACCAGGGGCACGGGACCUUUGACUUCCCUCACGGGACCCCCGGCGGUACGUCGAUGAACGAUUUCAUGCACGGCCCCCAGCUGUCUCAUCCGCCCGACAUGCCCAACAGCAUGAUGGCACAAGACAAGCCACUGUCUCACAACAUGCCCGACUCAAUACCUCAUUCUGCCGGCAACGACCAGUCGCAUGGGCCGUUGCAGCAGAGUUUACAUGCGUCUCCGCACCCUGGGAGUCAAUCAGGGCAGCAGCUACACCACAGCGGGCCUCCUCAGCCCUCACGGCAAGUUCCACCUCCUCAACAGCAGCAGCAGCAGCAGCAGCAACAGCAACAGCAACAACAACAGCAGCAGCAGCAGCAACAGCCCGGCCCCAACAACCACCCCCACAGCGACCUGGCCUACAACCCCUCCAGCAGUCUGGACAGCCAAGCGGGGUCGGACAUGCCCGAGCCAUCUUUAGACCUUCUUCCGGAGCUCGCCAACCCAGACGAACUGUUGUCGUACCUGGACCCCCCGGACCUCCCCAGCAAUAGCAACGACGACCUUCUAUCGCUCUUCGAAAACAACUGAGGCGACUCAGACACACAGAAACUUUUUUUUCUCUCCGACCGCCCUCAGUUUUACCCACGAAACCCGACGGCGGUCGCUCAGUACUUGAUAAACACAAAGAUGCACUCCCUUUCUCUUCUUCCUCUUGUACAGUUUUCACUCGCCAGCGCAGAUUGACUGAAAGAGGUUAAAACUCAAAGACACGGUGGGACGGCGCUGUCCACCCCCCACCCCCACCCCAACCAUCACCCGCGCGGCGACACCUUCGAACUGUGCAGCUAUAGAGUUAAUUUUUUUUUUUUUUUUUAUUUGUUUUACACAUGUAUGUGCGCUCACUAGGAACGUGUUGUAGCAUUUUAUUUUAUUAUUAUUAUUUUUUUUUUUAAUCCGUGUUUAAUUUGUUUCCUUUUCAAGAAGAAAAAAAAGGAGCUCGCUGUUUAAAACAGAAAAAUAAUAACUGAAAAAAACAAAAAAAAACCCGCGCUAUCUGGCCAGUUGUGCGUUAUUCCAGUGUGAGAGAAGGCCACAGCUUCCUGGUGUCAACUGCUCCAUUCCCUGACUGGUCGCACUGUUACUGUUACGUCCACCACCAACACCACCAACAACACCACCAACAACACCACCACACAUCAUUUAAAAGCACAAGAGAUUCUGGCAAUGCAAAAAAAAAAAAAAACAACAGAAAAUCAGUCCAAAAAAACUAAUUUGUCUGUUUUUAUAUGAGAAAUAAAAAAAACAGUCUUCUGCCUUGGUUUUAAAAACAAAGAUUUUUAGGAAUUAUCGGCUUCCACUUUGUCUACAAUUGUGCUAUAUACAUAUUUUUGUCAAAAAGAGACCUUUUCAGAAGCAGGGUUGACUUCCAAUUCUGGCCCCAGCGCAACAAAAACGUUUAUAUCGCGUAGCAGAGAAGUGCGUGUCCGCUCUUCUAGGUGUUGUGUAGUUUUACCGAGGGGGGGGUUUGUAAUGGAAAAAACGAAAAAGGUACAACUGGAGGGUUCCCGCGACGACCCCGCUGCAUCGACUGCUUCCCGCUUUUUCCUCCUUCCGGCGCCACCUGCACCGCAUGGGCCUCGGCGUUGCUCGCGUGUCGGCCUUUUUCGCAGAGUUGCAUCUCUCUCCCUGUUAAAUGAUGUGCUGUUAAAGUAGUCUACAAAAGUGCAUGUGUGCCAAGCCCUCGUCUAGUGCUGUUCCAAGUGGUUAGAGGGGGGGAAAAAAGAAAAAAGAAGAUGAUAGUGUGUUAUAUAUAUAUAUAUUUUUUAUCAGUUGCUGUUUCCACAGAUUUUUUUCUUUUUUUUUCUGUUUGUUUUUUGGAGUUCUGUCAGAUUUAGUAUGAUUUUAUUUAACACUAACAGUGAAGGGAUAAUGCUGAUGUCGGCGGUGCUGUUUUUUUCGUCCGCCGGAUACGCUUUUAUUACGUUUGUUAUUUUGUUUUUGCUGCAGAAUUAAACUAUCACACAAACCUUGUUUUUUUUUGGGAAAACUGCUCACCAAAGUUGGAAGGGACGAGAAUUGAGAAACGUUGUGUGUUUGCCUGGUCCUGUGCAAGACUGUGUGGGUGCGUGGGUGUGUGUGUGUGUGUGAGUGUGCGUGCGUGCGUGUGGGAGGAAAUAUCGGUUGUGAAGAUAUCGCGGGAGGACGGGGGAACAGUUUAUUCAUCACUGCUGUUCGAGAAGUGGUUUUUAAAGCAGUAUUGGUGCAGACUUUCUUUUCUUUUCUUUUUUCGCCACGUUUGUUUUUUCGAGGAGAGUGCUGUUCAGUAUGCAAAUGUAUUAUUUUUUAAGAAAUGCCUAUUGUACUGUAAAUAUCAUUGUGAAUAUUUUUGUAUCAUCUUGAUAAUGUUUGUCCUUUCGAUCAUAUUAUUAUUAGUCGUCCGACCUUAACACACAAGCUCCCAUCUGACCACUGACUUCGUUUGUAACCAGCUGUCUCGCCUCCUCACCUCUGCGGGAGGAGAGGGGAGGUUAAAGGGGGGAGGGGGGGGUCUCAUAAGCUAUUUCCUUGCAGGUCGUCGUGCUCUCUUGUCACUUUUUCCUCUGUCGUUCCUACACAAAUGUCCUAUUUUUUCUUUUUUUUUCCCCCCCCUUGUUCUCUUCUCUUUCCUCACACCAGCCACUAGGUGACCGUGUAGCGCCAUUUUCAGUUUGAAGCAAUACUUUAUUUCUCUCGCGCUGAGCUGUACCGAUGUGAAAACGAUCAACCUUGUCUGCUCAUGAUUUUAUUUUUGUCUUUUUAUUACUGAACAGCGGUGGUUUAAAAAAAGAAGAAAAAAAGAGAAAAAAAUGUUGCUGUCUUUCAGUGUAAUUAGUGAGCUGUGUGAAUAUCAUAAUUGUUGCUAAUUGUCAAUACAUGGUGGUAUUUUAAAGAUAUAUCACAACCAUAUUUUAAAGAAAUUCAUGCUAUUGUUUAUAUUUUUGUUAAAGAAAAAAAAGUGGCUUUUUUUUAAAAAAAAGGAAAAAAAAGAAAGAAAAAAGACAAAGAAGAAGCACGAGACCAUAUACAUUUUUAUCCCCCUUGUUUUGUUUUGUUUUGUUUUUUUGGUUUUUAUUUGGGUAAAUUAUUUUGUACUGUUUUUGUUUUUCUUAUUAUUAAUCUGUAAGGCUAGAAAUCCAAUUUCUUUCAUCGCGCUGAAUUUUACCUACCUGAUUUUUAUGUCAACGUUCACUUUAAGGAUCUGUUUCUUAAGGAUUUGUUUUCUUUCCAGAGCACUGACGUGUAAUUAAGUCACAUCCAAUCAAAACACACUGCCACAUUUUCCAGUUUCUUUUUAUUUCCCUGUAUCUGAAUCGAAACUUUCGAUCAAUCCCAUGGAAGUCGUUGUCAUUUCGUGUUUUCGUUCCUACGUUCAAGAGAGACAAUUCGGUGUAUAAGGUAAAAGGCAGCACCCCAAAUCUGUAGUUGCACAAUCAGAAUAAAGGGCCAUUUCUAUAGGGGAUGUUGUUUUGAAAAUAAUAAUAGAAAUUAAAAAAAAAAAAAGGAAAAUAUGAAAUUAAAAAUUAAAAAAAAAAAAAAAAAAAAAAAAAAAACAGAGAGAGAAAGGGCUCGUUCAUCAGUCUGGCCUGGAAAAGUUGUAGAGGGUGAGGCUAGGUGAAACGUCCCAAGGAUGCCUGUAUAUAUGUAAAUUAAUAUAGAGACAUGUGAACAGAAAUGUAUUCAUUUUCCCUGGGAAUGUGCAUUGUUUCUUCAGAAUAAUAAAAAGCUUGCAACCCCUCUACUGGAAGUGGCUGAAUAUGGAAAAAUGAAACUCGUUAGCUAGUGUCUGUGGGUAUCUCUCAGCAUUUCGUCCCCCCCUCCUCCCCUUCUGUAAUAUACUUUCACCUCUUCUGUUAGGGGAACUGGGACAGCUAUGUUUUACAUGUACUAUUUAGCCUAAGUGUUCUAGUCCGUCACCUGCAUACUCCGAGGUGCUAAAGCUUAAUAAAAAAAAUUAAAAAAAAGGUUUUAAAAAAAACACAAAAAACAACAACAAGGUUACAAAGAAAAUGGCUCAGUGAGGUGAGGGAGGGAGGGUGGGAGGAGGGGGGGAGGAGGCCGACGGGAGGUCCGUAAGAUUGUAACCAAAUCCAUAGUUUGUACAAUUUUUUUGAUAUCAUGAACAGGUGGAAAACAUGAUACAAUCUAAGGUGAUUCAUGCAAAUGUGGCCAUUGUCUCUAUGUUUGUACAUUGUAUGUACAAUCAUUUCAUAUUCUAAGCUGGUCAGAAAAUAAAGGAACUAAUUGUGAUUUUUAGUCUUGCAGAACUGUAUGUAGUUAGACGAUGUGACAACCUAAUAUUUAUCUAAUAAAUAUGUAUUCAGAUGAUACCUGUA